CCUUACCACUUACACAAAAAAAUACUCUUCAGAAUAACAUCUCGAGCGUUUCAGCUGAUCCGGAACGCGAAAAAAUUCCGAAUAAAUCAAUCGCUACGCUGAACGGGUUCUGUGUUUGUUUUAAUAAUCUGAGUUCAAAUAAACAGGGGUGGCUCGUUAAGGUGAGGUUAGAAGUGUGGCCAAAGAUCAGCAAGUGCGAGCGGGACUGGCUGAUGAUGUUAGGGGACCGAAGAGGUUUUGACAAUAGGGUUUGAAGCAGAAUGGCGGCGAACGAGCGGUUGAGAAGAUGACACAAGCGAACUAUGUCCGGAAGUCUAUAAAAUGGAACGCAAGAGGUCUGUCAGACGACACCGAAGAUAUGAGAGACCUUUCGCAAAAAAGUGCAAAGAUUUAUGCAGGCAAUUUAUCGCUUUUCUGUUUAGUAAUGUCGGAAUCAUAGGACUUGUGGUUAGUUACACUGUAGCCGGGGCAUUCAUAUUCCGCUUCGUUGAAAAAAGACAUCAAAUGCAAGUAAGACUAGACGUUAUCCGAAUUCGCAACGAAACCGUCUCAAAAUUCUGGAAUAAAACUUUGCAAUUAAACAAUUUUGCCGAAGCCGAGUACAAGAACCAGAUUCGGGACGAACUCAAAGUUUACCAGAAAAUGAUGGUCAAGUUCAUCCAACGUGGAUACGAUGGAGAAAUCUACUCGGAGAAAUGGUCAUUCGCUGGAGCUUUCUUGUAUUCCUUGACCGUCAUAACCACAAUCGGUUAUGGCAACAUAUCUCCUCAUACUUUCGAGGGAAAAUUAACCACCAUAGUUUACGCCAUCAUAGGCAUGCCUCUUUUCCUCUUGUACCUCUCAAAUAUUGGAGACAUAAUGGCUCGGUCAUUUAAGUGGAUCUAUGCCAAUUGUUGUCUCUGCAGAUGGUGUCCAGGUGUGGCGAAACGUCGCGCCGAGCGCAAAAGACUGCGAGAGCAGUUACGCGGAGAAUAUGAAGAAGGCGUUGAAGAAGAAGAAGAAGAAAAUCAGAUUGAAUACGGCGAGAAUUUUGAUGCGUUCUAUAGGCAAAGAGCAUCAAUUGUUAGUGCAAUGAGUGGAGAAGGAACGGAUGCCGAAAGUGAAGAGUCGUAUGACGUGCAGACUGUUACUGUUCCUGUAACUAUUUGUCUUGUCAUUAUGGUGGGGUACAUAUGCGGCGGCGCCCUUUUGUUUUGUAAAUGGGAAGACUGGGAAUUCAUGGAUGCUUUCUAUUUCUGCUUCAUAUCCUUAAGCACCAUCGGCUUCGGGGAUUUAGUCCCCGGCGACAAGAUUUACCGGCGCGGAGACGGCACAGACCUGGUAGACGAAGUCCUCGAAUUAAGUUUCAUAUUUUGCUCCAUGUAUCUGAUGCUGGGAAUGGCGCUGAUCGCCAUGUGCUUCAACUUAAUGCAGGAGGAGGUCAUACAUAAAAUAAGGACGACCGUGAGAACUGUCAAGUACAUCUUACGCUGUGACAGAUGACGGUGACGUUGCGCUGAUACAAAAAUUCCCAGACGUCCAGGACCAAUCCAAUCGACGGGAAUGUCUUCGCGAAAUAGGAAUUCAGUAAGACGUGGACUCCGUGGAAUUCAAGGACCCAUUCCGUUUCCCAAAUUCGGUUAGUGUUGCCCAGUUUGUUGACUAUGUUAUGUUUGUUGAGUCUUUGUUGGCAAGUAAAGGUGUUUUUAUUUCUUCAAAAGCA